AUGACCACACCAAAGAAGAUCGUUGUCAUUGGCGGCACCGGCAUGUAUGGCGGCUCGGUCGCUCGUUCACUGAAAGAUAAUCCCGAGUUCCAAGUUGUAUUGACAACGCGUGAUGCCAACUCGCCCAAAGCCGACAAGUGUCGCGAGCAGGGAUUUCUGUUGGUCAAGGCCGACUCCUGGAACGCCACAGAACUGGAUUUGGUGUUUGCCGGUGCCUACGGUGUGUUUCUCAACACGGACUCCGACGACCUAAACUUCAAGAAUGAGAUCGGACUACCUGAAUCCGCCAUGGGCAAGAUCGUGAUCGAUGCCGCCAUCCGCCAACGUGUGAAAUACUUUGUUUUCUCGGGUCUCCCGCAGUCAGAGCGCCUGACGAACGGGGAAGUGUCGAUCCUGUCCUUCGACAACAAAAACGCCAUUGCCAACUACGGACGAAAGGCUGGGUUUGAGGCCUUUGUUGAGGUCAACGCUGGAUGGGCUAUGGAUGUUUUCUUCAUGGAGACGUACGCCAAGGCAUUCGGUGGCUUUGCCACCGUUCCCGACUCAGAAGGCUUUCUCAGUCUGAAGAUCUUUCCUAUGAGCAAUGACCCGGAGCUUGUCCCAUGGACCUCCGUGAAAGACGAUUACGGCGAUGCUGUGCAUGGUGUCUUCUUGGACCCGUCAAAAUAUGCCAAUCGGAUCAUCUGGGCUAUAUCGGAAGCAACUAGCUUUCAGCAUGUGGUUGAUGUCUACAACCGAAUGACCGGUACAGAGGUGGCUCGGUUUGUGCCGCAAACUGAGCCCCUCAAGGCUGGUACCCCGGGCAAAACCAAGGAAGUCAAUGGACUGCGCAAUUAUUGCCACUACGUGCAGGGGAGAUACUGCAACGGUCAGGUUACUGAUGAUGGUUUGCUCGCAGAGAUGCGGACACUCAAAGCGCUUGCAAGGAAAGCGCGAGGAAAAGAGCCUGCGUCCACUCAGACCAUCGAAGGUUUUCUACGCGACAAUGCCCUAGUUAGAUUGCAACCAUCUAUGUCCAAGAUUUGA